AGAACAGCCUGCACUCUGGGAGGGUGCAUACCCAUGCAUGAAUGUCAGGAUAUCAUCUUAAAACAAGUCACUUAAAUGCCCGUCAAUCAAAACUCAGAAGAAGAAGAAAAAAAGCAGUCAAAGGGGUUUUCAGUGAAAGCUGCAUGUCCCACCACGCAGUCAUCAUGUCUAAGCCAACAAAAGAUGAUAUCUAUGCGUAUGCGCUCUCCAAGACCCUGACAAAAGUUUCAUCACCUGCAACUGUAGGACUCUACUCGUCAUGUGAGAAUCGACUUAACAUGAUCCUAGGACAAAUGGAAGUAAACAUGAAGCAGGAAGCUGCGAGGAUUGAGCAGAAAUACGAAGGAAGACACAGGCCUCGCUCAGAUACACCUUCAUUUAGUUGCUUCCUGGCGCUCGUUGGCCGGAUGCUCUUCUACAGUCCCAUUUGGACCGAGGACAACCAGCAGCACCACAACAUCCGGUUCAUUCAUGUACAUUUCAGUGCCUGGCACUUUGCAGGCAGCGACCUGCUUUGGGCCGGCAUUGCCAUGCGGCUGUUUCAGGCCAUGCAGAUCAAAUUUGGGAAAUUACAGAUUGCACUCUACCGUGUGGCUCAAUAUGAUGAAGAGGAAGAACUGAAGAAGAAGAGAGUGGAGGUCAGUCUUAACCAUUGGAGCUCCAAAAAGGUUUGCUGUUUCCCUCUGUGGUUCCUUGUCCUGUCCAUUCUUAUGGUACCAAUUAUCAUCCUGGUAUCCAUGUUGGCUUUCGGACUUCCCGACCCUGAGGAGAUAUCAGGCGGGGCGGUGAAUGGAACAACCAGCCAGGUGGGUGUGCUGGAGGGCCUGGUCAUUGCUUCCAUAGGAGUCCCUGCAGCCAGCGCACUGAGGUUUGCCUUCAUGAUGGGUAAGAACCUCCUCUUCAACCCGGAUCUGAACAUCAAGAGGGGGAUGGAUAAUGAGCGGGUCAGCAGCCAGCUGGGCUUCAUGAACGAAGUAAGGAAGGAAAUGUGGUUUCUGUCUGAGUUCAUCCAGUUCAUGGAGGUGUUUGAGAGGAGGAGGAUACGAGUGGUGCUGAAGAUCACCAAUCUGGACCGCUGCUCCCCCAAGAAGAUCGUUGCAGUUCUGGAGGCCAUCAACAUUCUGCUUUCAAAUGAGGAAAGUCCGUAUAUUUCCAUCCUGGCCGUCAACCCAGAUGUACUUGUGCAGAAAGUGAACUUUGCAGACGGCUGCUUCAGCAAAGAAGACCGAGCGUAUGCGCUGUUGAACCGCAUCGUGACUCUGGCCUUCACUGUCCCACCACUGUGUGAUGAUUCAAAGCACAGUUUAUUUGACAGCCUCACUGGCAAUCCAAAACAGACCUCUUCCUCAGAUUUAUUUUCUGUGGAGAUUGCAUUUGAAACGGAAGAGUCCUGUCCACUGGUGGAUAAACCUAAAGCAGCACUGGAUGUGAAGGAGGAGGAAGUAGAGACGUUGGUGAGGAGCAUCCUGACCAGCGAUGAAAGGAAUCUAAACACGUACAUGUUUGAUGAUGCCAUGUCUAUGAGGAGGGCGAUCAACUCCGUUCGAGUGACUGUCAUAAUCAUGAAGGCAUUGAAGAGAGAGCUUCCUCGACCAGAAUACGUGGCAGCGUGGGUGGUCCUGGCCAAUCAGUGGCCUUGCCGCCUCAGCUGGAUCAUCCAGUGUGUGGAAGACGCUGAGCAGAGAGCAGAUAUUGAUCGUAACUGUGUGGACAACACUGAUGAUUCCCCAGAUGAUUCAAGGAACUUGUGGCAAGUCUUCAGCGGGUCCAGGGCAGAGCUGUAUGUGAUGAGUGGACAGAUUGAAGACCUCCUCGAGCAGGAUGGAGAUCCUGAGAUGUUCGAAAGAUUUCUCAAGGUAGAUUUCCAAUUCACCGUAAAGGACUUGAAGAUAUUUGAAGAGUCGACGGUGAACCUGGAUCAUUCAAUCAGGAAGGAGCUGGCUCACAUCAGAGGGACAUCCAGGCUGAAGGAUUCUGGUUGGAUGAGGAAUCUAGCUCCUCUGCCAAUCACAACGAUCAUCAAGAUGGACACAGAGGGUGUCUGUGAAGAGUUGGAGAGGCUGGACUACCCCAGCAAGUAUAUCGAUAUUGUGAGAGACAAUGACCUCAGCGGUUCGGCACUGGUCUUUGGUGAUACAGAUGACCUUAAAAAUAUCCUAGAUAUGACCUUUGGUGAAUGGGCAAAUUUCAGACUGCACUUCCUGGGUUUCCCAUCACGUCUCCGACCACCAUACAAGAACAUGGCACUGACGCCUUCUCAUCCCCAGAACCAGCUGUCGGGGUUCCCCUUCCAUGUUGCCCAUCGGUACUGGUCUAAUCCCAAUCUAGUUAACAUUAAGUAAGUGUGAUAUCCCCAAAAUGAUGAUCCGCAUGUUGAAUAUUCAUAAUAAUUACAGUAACAAUGCAAAAACUUGCAGAGUUUGGGAGUUUAUUUAAGCGUGAAGUAAUUACAUUCACUUUGUUAACCAUAGGAGCUUGUAAUAAACUCUUGAUUCUGCUUAGAAAAAUGUGUAAUCUCCUCUUAACUAUGUCAAAUAAUUAUCACAUACAUGUUUGCUUACUUAAGAUGGACAAGCAGUGAUAGCUGUAUGUUACCUAGAUGUCCAAUCAUGUAUACAUCAACCUUAGUUGACGUGAUUGUACACUUUCAGGGAUCACUUAUUCCUAUAGUAGGUGUUUUUCACGGCAUAUGUUUCGAACUGUCACAGUAUAGGAAAAGCACAUUUAUGAUGGCUGCGUGUCAUUUAGCUGCUGGUAUUGUGUAGGUUGGCUCACUGUCACACGGUAACGGCUUAUCACUGUGACACUUUCAUAAAAUGGAGCCAUUGCUUAUGUCACAAAUGACGCCUGUACUUUUCCUGCUAUGACAAGUCAGAGUGUGAAAAAGACCUGUUAUGAGUUACUGUUGUUUUUUCUGUCAAUGUAUUAUAGAAGGUGGCGAAUAGAAAAGGAAGAUAAAAAGCUGUGAAAUGUUACCUAAACAAAACACACAAACUAAACUAUUGUUCAAACGUUGCCUUUAAAGUCAUUUUCAGAACUAUUAAAAUAUAGAAUUAUGCUCAAGAGGCUCUACUUUCAGUCUUUCACUCUUCCUUUGCCACUCUAACGUGCAAAAGUGUGACAUGCACAUGAAGAUUUGUAUCUUACUGUAAAUUGAGGGGUGUUUAAGCAACGAUUCAGGCUUUAAUUCACUGGGAUGGUUAUCAGGAGGCUUCCUCAUGCACACAUUUGCAACUUGAUUGUAGGCUUUGUUGUUGUUGAUGUUUUGGAUUUAUUUUCUGUUGUUUGUAUUGUAACUUGUAAAUUCUGUAAAAAGUGAAUGAUUAUAAUGAGGUGUGUGAUGUGUCUGUCACACAUCAUGACUGCAUGCUUCACAAACUUAACUCUUAACAAGCUGUGGAAAUCCCUACACAUUGCAUCUAUUUCAGGGCCAUAACAGGCAUUAGCAGGGUAUAUUUGGUAUUUUAUUGAUUGAAAUUCACUAUGAUGUGUUUGGGAAUACUUUAUUGAUCCAGAAGAAGAACAUAUUGUACUUAUUAAUAUGUGCUGCAGUAAACUGUACAACUCAUAUGCAUAUGCAAAAGUGUCCCAUAAUAAAAAUGCUCAUCCAAGCAAAUAUAUUUUUCUGUUGAUGUGUAGCACUUUGCAUUUUUUUUCUUCUUCUAAAUACAUUUGUCAGUUUACAAACAGCCCAAGCAAUAUGCUGACUCAUUAAUGAUAUUUUUACAUCAAAGCGUUCUCAUGUUAAAUAAUCAGCUGAAGGUUCAUUUCAUCUGGAUUCCUUUGAACUAUUUCCCUCAGAAAGUUGCAAACAUUCAUUUGGCUAAAAAUACGAGGCUAACAAUCCCAAGGCAUUUACAGUACAAGCAGCAACAUUU